AAAUUGCAGAAAAGAAGGAAAGCUCGUGCCGCGCCGCUCCUUUGUCUACAAAGUCAUCCUAAAUCGAGGAGCCGGCCAGAUGAAGUGAUUUGAGGGCUUUCCCUCCAAUCCAGGAGAUAGACCAGGCAGCGGGGAGGAGGAGUUUAGCCUCUUUUAUAAGGGAACCUCUGCCCUCUUUCCCUCGUGGUGGCUCUGUUCCUAGGUGUUCACCUUACCUGUCUGUCAGCUCGGGCUUUGCAGCUUAGGGACCGUUUCCCUCCGCCCAUGGCUUCGGUGACCCGGAGUGUGUUUGGGGAGCUCCCCGACGGAGCGGGGAUUGUAGAAAAGUUCCAUCUACGGUCAGACCAGCUGAGAGUGGAGAUUAUCUCCCUGGGCUGCACCGUCACAGCUUUGGAGGUGAAAGACCGAGAUGGCAAGUUCUCAGAUGUGGUGCUGGGCUUUGCCGAGCUGGAAGGGUAUCUCAAGAAGCAUCCCUACUUUGGAGCAGUAGUCGGAAGAGUGGCUAACAGAAUUGCCAAAGGAACAUUCACCGUGGAUGGGAAAGAAUACAAGUUGGCCAUUAACAACGGACCUAAUAGUUUACAUGGAGGACUUAAAGGCUUUGACAAGGUCCUUUGGACCCCUCAAGUGCUGCCAAAUGGCGUUCAGUUCUCCCGGACCAGUCCAGAUGGUGAGGAAGGCUAUCCUGGCGAGUUGAAAGUUUGGGUCACAUACACGCUCGAUGGGGGGCAAUUAAUAGUGAAUUACAAAGCCCAAACCAGCAGUACCACGCCAGUCAGUCUGACCAACCACUCGUAUUUCAACCUGGCAGGCCAUGGUUCUCCGAAUAUAUAUGAUCAUGAAAUCUGUAUAGAUGCUGAAGCUUUUUUGCCUGUUGAUGAUAACCUGAUCACUACUGGAAUAGUGGAAUCUGUGCAAGGAACUGCUUUUGACCUGAGGAAGCCAGUGGAACUUGGAAAGCACAUAGAGAAGUUCCAGAUUAAUGGUUUUGACCACAACUUCUGUCUGAAAGAUACAAAAGAGAAGCAUUUUUGUGUGAGGGUCUAUCAUCCUCCCAGUGGACGGAAACUAGAAAUAUACACAACCCAGCCUGGGGUUCAGUUUUAUACAGCCAAUUUCCUAGAUGGAACACUGAAGGGAAAGGGGGGUGCUGUGUACCCCAAACAUUCAGCUUUUUGCCUUGAGACCCAGAACUGGCCAGAUGCCGUCAAUAAGCCCCAUUUUCCUCGGAUACUCCUCUGUCCAGGGGAAGAGUACAACCACACUACAUGGUUCAGUUUUUCUGUGGCUUAAGGAAGUUCAUGUCAGCCCUACUGGAUGAAGACCGUGAACAGUGGAAAUCCAUCUAACGCCUUUUUGGUGACCAAGGUCCUAGGCUUCCUCUUUGUAAAAUGGGAAGUGUACAUUUCAAGGAUAUAAAAGUAAUCGGCUGGAUUGAAGUAAUCAAAGUGCUUGUUGCUAGAUUAAUUAGUCAGAUUCUUAAAUACUGGUGAUCUUCUAAAAUGACUAAUUUCAGGCUAUGCUUAAAAGUCAGCUCUGUUCCCUGUGCUAAUGAAAGUAGCAGGAAAUAAGGAACACCAUUCACUGUAAUCCAAAUCUCUUCCCCUACACUAGGAAUAAGUAAGUAGGGAUGUUAGUACUCUGAGGGCCAAAGAGAGCUAAGGCUAUUAUUGUUAGUAGCCCAUCAAGCUUUAGAUCUUGACUUUAUAUGUCUUUGUUCUCCCUGUCUUUUCCCUCUCUUUUUUCCUUCUCUCCCAAAGUCUAUUGUGGAAUUCUAAGUGAAAAGUUUCUGACUCCUUUUCUGGCUAUGGUUUCCUUUUUUUCUUCACUUGUCCUUUGUAAAAAUUAGCAGAGAGCGCUGAGCAAGGGACAUGAGAUACUUGUACUUUUUAUUAUCUGCCUUUAAUAUGGUGGAGAUAAUUGGUUUAACAUCAACCACUAAAAGCCAGCAAAACUUGAAAUUGUAGUCUCUGUAGUCUACUUUAGUGUGAGGGAAUUACACUAAACUAAAAACUUAAUAGAGAUGACCUGUUGGAAGUAGACUAAGAUUUUAGUUACUUCCUAUAAGUCUGGCUGCCAGAAACCUUAUUUUCUAGAACAACAGAAUUGCCAGUAUUUGCAUUGUGUUAAUGAUUUAGUAUGAUAGAAAUAUCAAAUGACUUUGUUAUACCCUAUUGCUCAUUCUGAAUAAAAUAAAAUUCUGCACAUGAAAA